AUGCUCAAUAGCAAAACGAAUGUAAUAAAACUGAAUGUCUGGAUUGAAUCGGUCAAUGAUACUAUGACUCUCAUGAAUAAAACUCGAGUCCUAACAGACAUGCAUUGGGCAAACGAAAUAGGUCGUACAUUAUACUCGUUAAUACUUGAAACAAGAAACCUACAGUCUCUGAUUUCAUUUCUGCCAGAAGUUACAUUGACUACAGGGUUUCAUGAUGUGAACAUUGUUGUCUUUGAAGAAAACGAAAAGUGUUUGUUGUCGGAAAACAAUACAUUGGAUCAUGCCAUUUUCGAUCUUCUUCUGCGUCAGCUUUAUCGUGUGAGUGAUGAUAACACCGAUUAUCAGUUGUGUCGCAUCCACAACCUUGCAUUGAAUUGUUGUGGGAUAUCUCGCGAUAAACACAUACGAAUCUGCUCUUACUAUUCGUCAUUUGUGGCACAUCUUUAUCCAAUCAUUACAGUUACAGUUUUUUCCCUUUAUUUAGCGUUCCCUUUAAUAGUAGACUAUUUAAGUCGGUUUAAGGAUAGCGACUAUUACACGAUUUCCGAUAGUCCAAUGGCACUUUCGUACAUAUUUCAUAUGAUAUUUAUCGAAGGGCGUGGUCCAGUAAUUAAGUCUUUUACAAGGAAACUGUUAAUUGUAAUUUUGGUAUUUGUGAUAUGUUUACCCAUACGGAAUAUUGGUCUAACUAUAUGGACUAUAUUCUGGUAUAUCUUCCUAGGUCUAUGGAUGUUUCCUUUUAUGAUUUUCGAUAUAUACGGCACUCGCAAAUUUCAAAGUGAUCAUUUCGCUCUGAAUGUCUUUGGAAAAUCCGCAUUAGAGGUUAUUACUUGGCCAUUUAGUUUAACAUUAUUGUGGGAGAAGGUCUGUCAGCAAUGGCCAAGUUUCAAUAUUAAAGACUUUACUAAAAAGUUAAAUUUAAAAAGCAAGUCAACUGAAAGGAAAGAGUAUGUUGCAUUAAUUAAAUUACCAAAUAGGGAGUCAACUACAAUGACAGAGCAUACUGAAUUAUUAAAUAGAGCCGAGUCAACUGAAAUUACCGAGCCUACUAGAUCAUCAAAGCCACAGGUACAGCAACACUCCCCACAACAUCACCCGAAAAGAGUUGAAAUAUGGAAGUACCGUAUAAAAUUUUUUAUUUUAUUCUUUGUGUAUCUUGUAAUCGCUUUCCCGUUUUCAUGUUGUCUUGCAUUAUUGUAUUUCUUUAAAUGUAUUUGGACAUUUUGUACACGGACAAAUUCGUCAAGUCAUUGGACAAAAAUAAAAAAUCUACUCCGUUUUAUUUAUGGCGUCAUUGUUUUCGGGCUACUUGCGUAUUCUUCCAUGAGCGUCUUUGGUUCUUCGUUGUUAUUUAUCAUUGGUCUGUUUCUGAACGGAGAAACUUUCAUUAAUUAUUUUUUGCCACUUUCCACCAUCUUGUUUUAUUCCUGGACUAAUUGGAAGUCUUCGGUCGAAACAAAAUACUUGGUACUAAUCACGACCAUUUACGAAGUUUGCAAAGAAAGUACACCUGUUCAAUCUACUGCUCUCGCUAACUCUGGAAGGGAAAGAAAUGAAAACGCUACGCCCGUUCAAUCAGGAGUGGAAAAAUAUGAAAAUGCUAACGACGCUGAAACUAAGCCUGGUAUAAAGUUAAACGAUGAUGGAGAACCAAUUAUUCUAAAAACGCUGUAUGAUAAAGUCAGGAAAAAGUUCCUGCCGUACCAUCGAAUUCUGUUUUACUAUUUUCUGGGAAUAUUCUUUGUUACAGUCUUCGCCUACUUUUUAUACACAAUGAUGUCAUUGUCCGAGAAAUCCGGUAUCACAAGCAGUGUUCAAAUAAUUGCUUCUAUGGCCGCCACUACAUUACCGAUUAUUUUCGACUUCGUUUGGACAAAGAAUAGCGACGAGCAAAAAGCGACGAACGCCAUUGCCUUGAAGUCGAAACUGAAACGUGUUUUGAAAGUUCACAGUUCCAAUGAAACUAGUGGGGAAAUUAAAGUGGAGGUAAUUGAAUAACAGAAUGAUGACACUGAGUCUUCAAAAAAUAACAUCAGUUAUGAAAAUGGAAGGAGUCAGUGUACUUCCAUGGAGGUUAAUUUCUUGACUGAUUUUUAGUCUUAAAAUGCUUAAUUAACAGUACAUAAUUUUUGGUGGCGCAAGGAAUUUCCCGAUAAAGGAGCUAAGGUCCCCGACAGGGGGCUAAGAUUGUACAGGCAAAAACCUUUUCCAGGAGGGGGGAGGAAGGGAAAGGCACGCUUCCUCAAAUUUUGUUUUGAAUUUUGAGUCUGUGAAACGGUGUAUCCAAUCCAACAUCUUGAGGAUACCAUGC